AUGUUUUGGCCAUUCGAUUCGGAUACAAGUGACUUUUAUGAUGUUUACAAUGGUGAAUCUGUCAAUAAUAUCACUUAUACUUCUCCUGGUUAUACAGGUUAUGGUUCAGCUCUAAGUCUUCACCGAUCAUUAUCACAAUAUGUAGUUGUUUCCAAAUACCUAGAUCUAUCUUACACAAGUUUUACAUUUGAAGUAUGGAUUAAUACAGCAACCAUCUCGAUAUCAAAUAAUAAUUUAAGCGACAACGCUAUCAUUGGUCAGUGUGAUAGUCUGACAGCUGAUAAAUGUCUCUCUCUUGCGCUAAGAAACGGUCGAGUACUCAUGAGCUUUUAUGGAAAUGAUUUAUCAGGUUCAACUGUUUUAACAGUAGGAAGAUGGUAUCAUAUUGCCUAUGUUUAUGAUUACACAGUAUCAAACCAAAUAAUUUAUGUGAAUGGAGUGCUAGAUGGCAGUCAAAUUUCAAAUCCUUACUUGGGAACAGUUGGAAAUUUAACAAUUGGAACUUCAAUGUUGCUGACUUCAAACAAUUAUUUCGACGGAUUCAUUGAUCAAUUAUAUUUUGUGUCUCGAGCUAAGAAUGCAACAGAAAUAUUAAGUGAUGCUACUUUGGUUGUUUAUUAUUCAUUUGACGGUAAUCCAACCUCUGAUUCAGGUCCACUUUAUAUAAACGGUACUAGUGUAAAUGCUACAUAUGUUUCCGGACGUCUUGGUCAAGCGCUAUCAUUUGCUAGCAACGGCUAUUUUAGAGGAACCGGUUUCACACAGUUAGGUGUAAGUAAUCAAUCCUUUUCGAUCGCCUUGUGGAUUAAACCUACUUCCUUGAGCGGAGGAACAAUU